AUGAUCCGAUACACCGAGAAGGAAAAGCAGCAGCGCAAGUAUGAGUGCGAAUACUGCAAGAAAAGAUUUUCGCGUCCAAGCUCACUCAUGUCCCACGGAUACACCCACACGGGUGAAAGGCCCUUUGCCUGCGACCAUCCCGGAUGUACCAAGAGAUUCUCCGUACUGAGCAAUCUCCGCCGCCACAAUAUCGUGCACACACGCAAACGAAAA